AGUUGCAUUUGGGACGGCAGCAAAAUGGCUCGAGGACGCAAGAGCAAUAGCAUCAAACAGAGCGACUUCACCAACAGCACCAACCCUCAGGACUUAGAGAGAAGACUUUUUGUCGGCAAUUUGCCCACAGACCACAUGACUCGUGAAGAAAUGGAAGAGAUAUUUUCAAAAUAUGGCAAAAUCAGGGCCCUCAGCAUGUACCAUGGCUAUGGGUUCGUGCAGUACGACCGUCUGGAGGAUGUCCAGGCCGCUCUGGACGGGGAGAAGGGCCGCCUUUAUAAAGGGUAUAGAUUAGAUAUUAAUAAAGCAGUGGAAAGAAGAAAUAUGAAUAAGGCUUCAUCAAGGUCCAGUCCGGCACGAAGGGAGCCGUAUGCCUACGGGGAUGGCCGAGACACCAGGCGUGACCGCUCCCCUCUUCGGGGGAGCCCACGGAGAGACCCUAGAGAUGGUAGAAAUGGCCGAGAUUCCAGAGACACUCGAGACAUCCGAGCUAGAGACAUGCGUGACACCAGAGACCACAGGGACCCCCGGGACCUGCGGGACCCGCGGGACAUCAGGGAUCCAAGAGACCUGCGGGACCCUCGGGAUAUUCGAGACCUUCGUGACCCACGGGAGCCACUGUAUGAUCGAUACAGGGAUCCACGGGAUAUGAGAAAUCCACGAGAUGUGAGGGAUCCACGGGAUAUGAGAGACCCUCGGGACCCUUUGUACAGACGAGAUGAAUCCUAUGACCGUUACCUUCGCUUCGAAGACUACUGUCGGCGGAAGGACGACUCUUACUACGACCGUUACAAAGAGCAUUUUGACAGAGCACCAGUGAAUUCAGAUGAGCGCCUGAAGCGUGAGGAGCGGCGCCGGGAGGAGCUGUAUCGUCAAUACUACGAGGAAAUCAAGAGACGUUUUGAUGCAGAGAGACCCGUGGAUUGUUCUGUGAUCGUGGUGAAUAAACAGACAAAGGAGUACGCGGAGUCAGUGGGGCGGAAAGUGCGGGAUCUGGGCAUGGUAGUGGACCUGAUCUUCCUCAACACAGAGAUGUCACUGUCGCAAGCCCUGGACGAUGUGAGCAGAGGAGGGUCUCCUUUUGCCAUUGUCAUCACCCAGCAGCAUCAAGUUCACCGCUCUUGCACUGUUAACAUCAUGUUUGGCACCCCACAAGAGCACCGCAACAUGCCCCAGGCGGAUGCCAUGGUGCUGGUGGCCAGGAAUUACGAGCGCUACAAAACGGAGUGUCGGGAGAAGGAGCGCGAGGAGAUCGCCCGGCAGGCGGCCAAGAUGGCAGAUGAGGCUGUCCUGCAGGAGCGGGAGCGCCCGGGCCCUGGGGACGAGGGGGCCCGGGGAGGUCACCCCCCGGCGAUCCAGACCCUCCUGAACCUGCUGGCAGACAACCGCUACCUGACUGCUGAGGAGAUGGACAAAGUGAUCAAUUACCUGAGGGACCGGAAGGAGCGCCUCCUGAGGGGCAGCACCGAGACUCUGCAGGCACCCAUGUCAAGACAAUCCUUGGGGGCACCUUCAGGAUCAUCUCUGGGAAGUCAGUCCAGCCUUCCAAGCAAUCAGGCUCAUCAGGGUUCACAGCCUCUGGUCUCUGCUCCUUCUGUUCCAGUGUCCUCUUCUAAUCCUCAGCAGGAGCUUCAAGCAAAAAUCCUCAGUCUCUUCAACAGUGGGGCAGCAGCUGUGGCGAACAGGGCUCCCGCAGCCGCUGCCAGCACGUCGGGCGGCGCGCCGAGCCAGAACUUCGCUAGCAUGGGCAGCGGCCAGGCCCGCCCAGCACAGAUGGGUGCUGGAAACUUAACCCAGGCUCAGCAGAGAUUGCAAACUCCAAGCACACAGAUUCCUGCUCUCCAAGGCCCUUCAAGAAAUGCCGGUCCGAGACCUGGAGCUCCUCCACAAGCUCAGUCACUCUACAGUCAGCACCAGAAUCGCCUCCCUGCGCCUAGCAAUGUACCUGCUCAAAGGCCAGUAUCUUCUGGUAUCAACUUUGACAACCCCAGUGUGCAGAAAGCCUUGGACACCCUUAUCCAGAGUGGUCCUGCACUCUCCCACUUAGUGAGCCAAACAGUGGCCCAAGGGCGAGCAGGGUCCUCAGCCCAGCAACCUAUGGGUUCCUACCAGCGACACUACUAAAGCUGAGCUGUCAGGCCCUUUCCCCUUCCCUUUGCCAUUCCAUACUUAUAGCUGUUUAAAGAGU